UCACUCAGUCGAACUUCCGAGUUACCUUAGGCGAAGCUACCAGGGACUGCGUUUCUCUUCGCUUUACUUCUUCUUCCCCGUUAUCCUUUUCGCCAUUAAAGUGGUAGAGAGCAGAACCGAGCCGAGCCGAGUGACCAAGUAAGGGAGGUGGAGACGAAGAUGUUAGGCAUGGGAACCUUUCGACUACCUUGCGAAUCUUAUCCAGCUAUUGCCACAAUCCCUCAAGUUCUCACGGCUUCCUCUCUUUCGGCUCCGUGCAGAACCUUCAAAACCAACUCGCUCUUUCCCCAUUCAAAUUCUUCUUCUACUUUUCUAUUCUUACAGGGACAACAUGGGUUUUCUCUUUGUGCUUCCAAGAAGCGUACAGGGAGGAACAAUACCCUCUUGGAAACAGAUGGGCAUGAUGACGAGGAAGAGGAAGAGGAAGAGGACGAGGAGGCGGAUGAGGGCGAGGUGUUUGUGCCUUUUGAGAAUAUGAAGAAGUGGGCUCAGAACAAGCCACCUGGAUUUGGAGAAGGGAAAAUGUAUCAUACUUCUAUUGAGGAUAAACUGCUUGAAGAAAUGGAGCAGAGUAGAAAAGCUCAGCUUGCAAAUAUCAAUAACCUUAAAAACAAUCCUCCAAACCCCAAAUCUGAGAAGCAGCCGAAAGUGCUUAAAGCACCUGAAGUUGUUCCAAGUGGAAUUCGGGUUCGUGUUGAGAACCUCCCCAAGAAGAAGAACAUCCACAGAGAUUUGAAGUUGGCAUUUCAGGGGUUCCCAGGAAUACUUAAUAUAAGUCCAGCUGUUUCUGGAAAUAAAAAGACAAAGGACCCUAUUUGCAAGGGCUUUGCUUUUGUUGACCUGGACUCUGAAGAGGCUGCAUUUAGAUUCAUACACAGAUAUGGCAGACAAAGCUUACCUUUUGGAAAGAUUCAGAAGCAGAUAACCUGUGAGAUGAUAAAUCCAAGCAGCUCCCUUGACAAUGCUUUUCAACAAUCUCCAAAUGGCUCUAGCACAUCCAUAUCCAAACUUACUCUUCCCAUUUUAAAAGAAAACACAGUUGCAGAUUCUGAUGUCAAUAACCUGUCCAUGGAUUUGUUGAAACUGACCACCCUUGAUGAAUCUGCUGGCCCAAUGGACCAGAUUAUGCCAGCAGACUGGGAAGAUAUUGAGGAGGAUCCUGAAUGUGUCAAUGUAUGGGAACCAAAUGAUGUCAGUGGCAUGAAAGCAACAACUGAGCUUGUCAAUGAGUCAGUAUCCUCGAAGCAACAACAGAAGAGUCGGGCAGUACAGAAGAAGAAAAUUGUGAAAACAAAAUCAGCAAAGGUCCCAAAGUUGAGCAUUUCAGCGUCUGCAAAAAGAUUGAAGGUCAAGGAGAAGGCUGUUCUAACAGGGGCGUUCUCCAAGUAUGGAGUAAAAUCUCCAUCAUGAAGGGAUUCGGUUCAAAUAGCAAUGGUGUUUUGUCAUCUGAUAGAUGUUGAGUUAAAUGAUCAUUUAUGUGGUUUAGUUGGUCCACUCUAAACAUUUGUUUAAGAAGGCCAUUGGUGUGUUAUCACCAAUAGAUGGGAAUAUGACCAGGAAGCGGAAAUCAGUAGCAGGUUGGCUGUGUUUAAUCUGGUUGACCAGCUUGCUAUUGCUGUUCUGGUUUUAGAACAAUGGUUCCCCAUCUAACUCAUGUUUGAAAUCUCAGUCAAAAGGACUUAGCCAGGUAACAGAGAUGAAAUGCCAUUUAUUUUUGUAUAUUGUUGUAGGGAAACAUAAAAUUGUCAAGACAUUUGGACAGCUGACAAUCAGAAAGUGCAAUUUCCAUCUGAGUCCAA